AUGACUGCAGUCAUAGUGUUGUGUGUCACCUUCAUUCAAGAGAGACAACAGCUGCUGACUAAGAUCACCAACCUCACAGAAGAGAGAGACCAGCUGAAGACUAAGAUCACCAACAUCACUCAAGAGAGACAACAAUUACUAACCAACAAUAUGAGCCUCACAGAAAAGAAAGACCAGACACAAACCAACAAUAUGAACAUCACAGAAGAGAGAGACCAGUUGAAAUCCGAAAGGAAUGAUCUUAAGAAGUUUGUGGAUGGAUUGAAGUGUCAUCAAUCAACUCUUUACUUCUUUUCCUCUGAGAAGAAGAACUGGAAUGAGAGCAGAAGAUACUGUAGAGAGAGAGGAACAGAUCUGAUCAUCAUCAAUAACAGAGAGGAACAAGAUUUUGUGAAGAAUAUUUGUGGUUCUGAUCAUUUCUGGAUUGGUUUGACUGAUGUUGAAGAGGAGGGCAGAUGGAAAUGGGUUGAUGGCAGCACACUGACCUCUGGGUUCUGGGCGUCUGGAGAGCCAAACGACUAUCUGGGAAAAGAAGACUGUGCUAACACUCGUUCAUCAGGAUGGUUUGAUGCUCAAUGUGAUGGUAGUGUUAAAUGGAUCUGUGAGAAGAGUAUUCUUAAAUGA